ACGUAAUAACGUACCAGCUGAACAAAAUAUAAUUCCAAUUUCGCUUGUACCUCAGGACAUGCCUGAAGACAAUGAUCUUUCACAUAAGGUAAUCACCGGAAGAAAUCAAAUGAUUGAAACCACGGAUAAAGGCAAAAUGGUUAUGGUACGAACCAUACUUGAAGACAUUAGUCAAACUGCUAUACACUCUAAUGCUUACCGUCAUCAAACUAAUAAUCCGGAACAUUUAUUUACUUCAAAUGAUCACAAUCAACACCAUAAUGACCAUAUUAUGCAUGAACAUCCUUUACAUGGCGCGGAAAGUCCAACUGUGGACUUCAUUACUUCAGAAGUUACAUUUGAUACUUUAUCAGCAGAUUCUUCAAACAUCUCAAAUACCUUACAUAUUAUUGACGUUAAACAGGAAAAUAAUAAGUAUGUUGUAAUAAAUAAUAACCACAACAGUGAUUUGCAUAGCUGCAUAGAAGUCCCCUCAAUAGGAAUAAUGAAUAAAAUGUCUUCAGAUACCGUUGAAGUUACAUUGAACCAACAUCAUCAUAUUCAACAACAACAAGAUCAGCUACAAUAUAAACAUCACUACAUAAAUCAACAUCAAUCGAUUAUUGCUCGUAACCAUAUUCAACAACAAAAUUCGAUUAUAAAUCAACGUCAGAGUCACAACUCUCGGUCUCUUCAACACUCAUCAUCUCACCAAGAACCUUUAUCUGUUAUUGUGCAACCACAUGAUGACUCUCAUGAUUCUUCAACUCAGAUUUUGAGCCCAGAGUUGGGUGUAGUCGGUGUUGUGGGAUGUGGUAGCUCACUCAGUGAGCCAUCCACAUAUCAGACACUAACAUCUGUGAAUCAACGUUUGCAAUCACCUGGAUUUAGUCCAACAUCAUCUUAUGCGACAUUAACACCUUUACAACCUCUACCACCUAUAUCAACUAUGUCUGAAAAGUUUGCUUAUAGGGGUCACAUUAAUGGUAGCACAGUUAUUAACGGUAAUAUUGGAAAUGAAAGCAGCAGCAACUCUUCUUCUGGUGCUGUACCUUUUUCUGUGAUGACACAUCAAAAUAGCCUUGUUGGGUUAAAUUUAAGUAGCCUUAGUGGUGAACAAUCACCUUAUUCAUCAUCCUUUGAUAAAUUAACAUCAAUGGAUAUACCGAUGUCGCCAUCUCAUAAUUAUGCAACAUCGCCUACCAAUACUUUAUCAGGAAUGGUGGUCUCGUGUGAUUUGCCCCCUACUUCUCCUGUGGGAUGCGAAGCACUUUCACCACAAUCUGCAUAUAGUCCAGCAAUAGAAUUGCACUCUCCUACAUCAUCUAGAUGUAAAACUAACACUUACAAAAAUAAGAGUGUCCAAUUACUGCAACAAGUUUCAGAUAAACAUAUCGUGUGCUUGUCACCUGUAGAAGUAUGCGAUAGUAGUAUAUCGAAUGAAAAUAUAGUAGUUACAGCAUAUCAAUCUACGUACGACUCCCAUCAGAGAGAAAUAAUGAUAAGCACAACACCAUCAUCAAAUACAGAUACAAAUCGACUAAGAUCACAUCAACUACUGCAUAAUAGUCCAACACUUAGUCCUCAUGCAAUAUCUCUGAAUUCGGCUUCAUUGCAAUCUCCCACUAAUUGCAAUAUUAUAAAUAGACCUGUGUUAAAGUUGCAAUCAUUAAAUAACGGUUCUACAUCAUCUUUAAAUAAUAUUUGUGAAAAUAUUGUCGAAGUUAGUGCUUCACAACAGAAUCCAACAAUAGUUUCGAUGAGUCCGUGUCCUUCUCCAUCUAAUGACAACAUUACCGUAAAAAAAAUGGCGUUAGAUAUGCAUGGCAUUGAGAAUGACAAAAUCUGUGCACAAUCUCAUGUUACAAUAAAUGAUUUAAGUUGUGAAAAUAAUUCUAGCGAAAACCGAAGUCACCAACAAAUAAAACUCAGUUCAAAACUAGACGAAUGUAAUAUAAAUACAAACGGUAUGCAAUCUCAUAAUACAAAUAUUGAUUGUAAUAUUCAGAAAUGUAAUUUGGAUGAUCAUAAAAUAGAUCAGUAUCCACAAAUAAAUAACAACAAUGGUACUAUAAACGAAAGUUUAAAUGGCAGUAAUAACUGUAGUGAAAUGGAAGAAAUUAAUACAAAAGAAUUGGCGCAAAGAAUUUCCGCAGAAUUAAAGCGCUACAGCAUACCUCAAGCAAUAUUUGCGCAGCGCGUACUUUGUCGUUCACAAGGUACACUUUCUGACCUAUUACGAAAUCCAAAGCCUUGGUCAAAACUCAAAUCUGGAAGAGAAACGUUCCGUCGUAUGUUUAAAUGGCUGCAAGAACCCGAAUUCCAGCGGAUGUCGGCCUUGCGUAUGGCAGCGGCUCAAAUUCCUCAGAGAGGAAACCCAGGUACAAUUAAUUCUGGUCCGAUAAUUACUAACACCACAGUAUGUCGUCGUAAAGAUGAACCACAUAUUGAGCACAUGUCACAUCCAAAGAAACCCCGUUUAGUAUUUACUGACUUACAACGGCGUACACUGCAAGCAAUAUUCAAGGAAACUAAGAGACCUUCUAAAGAAAUGCAAGUUACUAUAGCUCGACAACUUGGACUGGAACCAACAACAGUAGGCAACUUUUUUAUGAAUGCACGUCGGAGAUCUAUGGAUAAAUGGCGAGAUGAUGAUAGCAAACAAAAUAUGAACAAUUCCAGUAAUGGUAGUGGUAGUAAAGAUCGAUCUCACUCAACACUAUCUUCUUGCAAUCCACAUUCAUUAGGCAUAGACGAUGAUAUGGACUUGGGUGAUUUUACUACAGAUGACUGCUUCGACGAUGAUGAUGAAAUAGAUGAUGAAGAAAACAAUGAUUUAUUGUGACAUUUUACAAAGUAUUCUAU